AUGACUACGACCCGCAACCAGGGCGACGACAUCAGGCACGAGGAAGAGGAGUGGCUGAAGCCGCCGGCCAGUUCGCUGGGGCUACAUCAGGUUUACCCCAAUCCAAACACACGAAGCAACCCAGACAUUGAUGUUGUCUUUGUGCACGGGUUAGGCGGCGACUCCAUCUCGACUUGGACCAAGGACAAGUCGCUCUGGAUCCGCGCGCUGCUCCCCAAGUCACCCCUGUACCAGAAUGCCCGCAUUCUGAGCUACGGCUACGACGCCCGCGCCUUCGUCCGACCCUUUGCUCACUCGGUCAAUGGCCGCGUCUUCACCUUCGCCGAGGCCCUGCUAGGCGACCUCCGGGACAAGCGCGUGACGGCAGCGGCGCGUGCCCGUCCCCUGAUCCUCAUGGGUCACUCGCUUGGGGGCAUCGUCAUCAAGUCGGCUCUUUUGCAGGCGUCUGCGCGCGAGGCAUUGUACGGAGACCUCCUCCGGGCCACCAAGGCCAUUGUGUUCUUCGGCACGCCCCAUCAAGGCGCGGGCACGGCCGAGUGGGCGUCAUUCCUCGGUGGUCUAGGCCAGGCCGUAGGGCUGCGUUCGACUGAGGUCGUUGGCGAGCUGAAGCGUUGGUCCCACACGCUCGUGGAGCAGACUACGCUCUUCGCCGACCUCUGGGAACGGUUCGACAUCACGACCUUUUACGAGACCAUGAAGACCAACGGCGUCAUGAUCGUCCCGGAUGGCGCGGCUAGGGUCGGGCAACGGAACGAGCAGGCUCGCAGACUUGUGGCGGACCACAUCCAGGUUUGCAAGUUUUCUGAGAACGACGCCAACUGGACGACGGUGCGUGGCCGGCUUGACGCCAUUGUCGAGGGGAUCAUGGAGGCGGAGGCGAUACAAAUGCAUGUUGUCCUACCUGACGCCCCUCUCCAGGAGCCGGCCCGUGCCCAGCUCCGCGGCAGCGAGGCCGACGAGUGGGAGGCGCGGGUGACGAAGCUCAAGCAGACGAAUGAGUCGCGAGGCAGCCAAUCAGGCAACGGUAGGAGCGGCUGA